AUGGCGAGCAAUACGGAAACAGAGCCUUUGUUGGACUCGGCUUCUCCUACUUAUGACGCGGUACACAACCCGAAUGUCGAAGCUCCAUUGCACCCAGAAUCACAAAGCAAAUUGCCUGACGCAUUAUCGCAUGGAAAAGCGCUCAGCUGGUCUAGCGCAUAUAUACUUGUUAUAUCGCGUGUUAUCGGGAGCGGCGUGUUUGCGACCCCGGGGUCGAUCGUCAAGUCAGCCGGAAGUGUCGGAUUGACGUUAUUAUUAUGGCUGGUCGGAACAAUCCUAGCGGCCUGUGGAAUGGCUGUAUCAAUGGAAUUUGGGUGUAUGUUGCCUCGUUCUGGUGGAGACAAAGUAUAUUUGGAGUACGCUUAUCCUAGGCCUAAAUUCCUUGCGUCCACUCUCAUCGCCGUACACGCAGUACUACUAGGCUUCACAGCGAGCAACUCUAUUAUUUUUGCGAAAUACACCCUGUUCGCAUUCAACAUCGAGUCGACCGAGUAUCAACAUAAGGCACUCGCUGUUGGCCUUCUAACCCUUAUCACCGUGGUGCAUGGCUGCUUUCUCAAAACUGGAAUAUGGAUUCAGAACAUCCUGGGAUGGGUUAAGAUCUUUCUCAUAAUGGCCAUGUCUUUGACUGGAAUUUGGGUUAUUCUUCUGCGUCCCUAUGAGGAAUCGAUCGGAGAAUCCGAUCGUGUAGUCACUAACAACCCUUUUGCAUGGGAUACACUGUGGGAAGGCUCCAACUGGAGUUGGAGCUUGAUCUCAACGUCAAUCUUCAAGAUCUUUUACUCAUAUGCGGGACUGAACAAUGUUAACAACGUCCUCAAUGAAGUCAAAGAUCCGAUCAGGACGGUGAAAACGGUUUGCCCAGCAGGCCUUCUGACUGCGGGCGGUCUUUACUUCCUAGCAAACAUAUCCUACUUCCUUGUGGUUCCCCUUGACGAGAUUAAGAACAGUGGUGAACUUGUUGCAGGCCUACUCUUUGAGCGGCUGUUUGGAGCACAUGUGGGCCGAGUGCUUUUCCCGUUGGCCAUUGCCAUUUCGGCAGCAGGAAAUGUGAUGGUGGUGACAUUUGCUCUGGCUCGUGUGAACCAAGAAAUUGCUCGUCAGGGCUUUCUCCCGUGGUCCCAUCUACUUUCCUCAUCGCGACCUUUCAACUCUCCACUUGGGGGACUUCUUGUACACUACGUGCCAUCUAUUCUUGUAAUCUCCCUCCCGCCCCAAGGAGAUGUUUACAACUUCAUCUUGGACGUUGAGGGCUAUCCUGGGCAGAUCUUUGCGUUAGCAAUCUCGGUCGGUCUUCUUAUUGUCCGAUGGCGCGAGCCAUCCCUGCACCGUCCGUUCAAGGCCUGGAAUUGGGCAAUAUGGUUACGUAUCGUAGUUUGUCUCGCUUUGCUGGCGGCUCCUUUCUUCCCUCCACCGGAUCGGAAGGGAGAUGUGCAUUUCUUCUAUGCCACGUACGCUAUUGUUGGAGCCGGAGUGGUUUUAUUUGGCAUCUUAUAUUGGUACAUAUGGACAGUUUUACUUCCGCGAUGGGGGGAUUAUCAGCUCGAAGAGGAGAAGGACGUGCUCGAGGAUGGGACGGGCAUUACAAAGCUUGUUCGCUCGUAUAGAAUCACUUGA